AUCGAGAAUUUGUGAUGCAGUCAUCGAAUAUUGUGAGCGCUUGCCGACUACAAAGUGUGUCGUGCUUCGUGGGUGAUGUGAUCUAGAUUUGUGGGCUGUUUGUGCAUAUUUCUCGUAAGCGACGAUUGAUGCUUUGUGUUGUCACCGCAGGCAGGAAAAUGACACAAGCACAUUUCCAGAGGAUUAUUUCGUCUUCCGUUAUCGCGAUAAAUUGCUUCGAUUUGAAGCAUGCACACCGUGAGAUCUUUAAAAAAUACCAUACUCAGGAGUGAAUUUCGUGUAGAAAGUGUCCCAAGUUCCACUACUAUGCAAGAAACGAACCAUGCCUGCGGUCGAAGUUCGAGAAGAAAAAGAAAAAUGCAACAGGCUGUUGGAGGUCUUCGACGAUGUGCACGCUUUCCUAUCCGAUCAAGUCGUUCGCUCAAUCCCGGAGAGCAUCGAUGUGUUUUUUCGGGACAAUGGAGUCCCGGGAAAACUUAGCGAAGACGUUUCCGACGCCUGCUUGCGGUACAUGAUCCACGGUUCGUUCGUCGACAUCCUAGCGGCACGCAAGAUACUUCAGAAGCACUUGCUGCAGCAAGACACCGUCGACCUGCAGGAAGUCGCCGAAGCCGAUGAAGUUGUCCUCUCGGAAGCGUUUCAGGAUCACUACAUUGAUGUGGCGUCACACGAGGUCAUUGGCACAAAUGUCAUUGAAGACUGCCCCGAACUGGCCGCAGAGGAAGAUGCCUUCUGUUCACCCAGUGAAACAACACUUCUUGUCAAUGUUGUUGCCGAAAGCGGCACGUGUAGUGAGUUUUGUUCGUCCGACCUUCAGCACACAUUUGACCAAAUCGAGGCCGUUGCGAGUGAUGUUUGCGAUGCCGCCUUGGAAAAGGAGCCACAGGCUAGCUGUGACCCAAAUGCAGUGCCGAAUCCAGUUGUCAUUGAGAUCCACUGCUCAAAACUGGAGGAUGCCAUGCUGAAUCUGCCUCUGGAUCUUCCCCCGUCCCAAGAAAAUGUGGUGGAGCAGUUCAUGGAAGACCCGGCAGGAGUGACCGACACUUGUGGGACAGGGCAGACUGCAGAGGAUAACGGAGAAAAUGUGCCCCCUGAGCAAGUGACAGAGGUUCAGAAACAAAAGCGAAACUAUGAAGAAGUCACACCGUUCAAGUACUUCUGUGAGCUGUGCUCUUUCAAGACAAAGCGCAACAGCCACUACCUGAAACAUAUCAAGAUACACGAAAAGGUGACCACAUUGCAUAGCUGUGACAAGUGUUCCUUCACUACAAUGCGCCUGGGCCACUUGAGGAGACAUGCAUCCACGCACAGCAACCACCUUCAUCGCUGCACCCAUUGCAGCUACACAACUGAUGACCAAAAGCUGCUUCUGCGGCAUAACCGCAUGCGCCAUUACCGGACAAAGCGCUCCCGAGGGGUGCCAGCCAAGCCCAUGGAAUGCCCCCAUUGCAACUACCGUACCACGCGGCCACUGCUACUUGCCAGGCACCGUCAGCGCCAUGCAGGCGACAGUGGAACACUCCAGAGCAGUGCACCCCUGCACCAGUGCACCCAGUGUGGCUAUCAGACACACCGCAAGGAGCACCUGGUGCGACAUCGAGCCAAUGUUCAUGGAGGAGCGCGCCCGUUCCUGUGCCACCGCUGUGGCAAAGCCUUCAAGCGGGCUGAUGCCUUGCGUCAGCACCACCUUACACACGCUGGCCCCAAUGAGGGUGCCCCUCCAGCCUCUUUUCCGUGCCCACAAUGCCACAAGGUGUUCCGGACUCACUCGCACCUCUCGGAGCACCAGGCGAUCCACUCGACGGCACGGCCAUUUUUGUGCGAGAUAUGUGGCUCGGCUUUCAAGACACGGUCGGUGCAACGCAAGCACGUUCAGUCGGUUCACAACAAUCCACGGGCAUUCUGCUGCAGCUGCUGCACCAAGAAGUUCAACACUCAGUAUGCACUGAAACGGCACCAGAAGCUUCACCAGCCGUCCCAGCAGCCACAGCGGCACCAACAGCCGGCACAGCCACAUCUGCUCGCACCCCCACCACUGCCACCACCAGAGGAGCAGAUUCACGCUCCAACAACACUUCAGGACGUUCUUGGAAGCACGGCUCCUGCCAUGUCUGGACCAGUGGCCGAGGUGCCUGGCCUGGAGCAUGUCAUAACGGCUGUGCCCAUUCAAGACACGUGCGACGUGAUUGGACAGAUCUCAACAGCCAUGCUGCAGCCUGCAGAGACAGCAACCUUGCUGUACCUGACUAACCCUCUGCCACCAUUCUGAGCACAAAGAAGAGAGAGGUUCCCGAAUGGAAUGAUUGUUACAAAACAAAAUUCGGUGUGCUUCGUGAAUCUUGAAGCAGCUAUGUGUAAUGGACAGCGAGCGGUUGCUACGCCACAGGCUGUAAUGAUGAUUCAUUGGUGAUUGAACUUGGCAUACAUGUUGUGAUUUAUGCAUGGGUUUGGAGUGACAAUGUAUUUAGUGUACAUAAAAAAAACUCAGUCGGUAAGGCGGAGGAAUUCUGCCUUACGGUGUUCAUGUGGAUACCCUCCUCAUUGAAAGGGAGGUCUUCUUUAUCGCCAUCUCUUGUAUAACUGUCUUGUGUACUCUAGCAUGAACCACGAUGGGUGCCCUACGAGCCAUUGCUGCUUCUAGCACUUUAUCUUCAAUGAUGUUGUCAUGGUCAGUUAUCAUAGGAGGUCUCAGGUUUGAUAUCUGUUGCAGUGCCUUCUUUUCUUUGAGCUCUUGUAUUUUACUCUCAUUGCAAUAUGAUGACGGUUAUUUCUUGUUGCAAAAAGGACACAGCUGGAUAGCUUUGGCAUCAUGUAGUGUAGCAUUAUACGGUUGUUUGUUGUAAAAAAAAAAAUGACUGUGGGUGCAGUGGCGUAGCCAGAAAUUGAUUUCAGGGGGCGGGGGGGUUCUCUGCCAACAACUACCAUUCCUCCACCUCCUUCACCUCUCUCUCUCUCUCUCAUUUCGAAUGAAGACAACAAACACUGACACCAACGACAACAUAGGGGAAAUUACUCGUGCUUAAUAAAUAAAAUAAAGAAACGAUAAAUUAAUGGAAAUUAAAGUGGAUGAAGAAAAACAACUUGCCGCAGGUGGGAACCGAACCCACAACCUUCGCAUUUCGCGUGCGAUGCUCUACCAAUUGAGCUACCGCGGCGCUGUUUCCCCAUCCACUUUCUUGGGUAUUUAUGUGUACUAGUAGAACUCUGGGAGUGUUAUAUAUAUAUAUAUAUAUAUAUAUAUAUAUAUAUAUAUAUAUAGUCGAAUCUCGAUAAUUCUAACUCAAAGGGGCCCGAAAAUUUGUUUGAAUUAUAAGAAAGACUUGUUUUUUUAAGUAUUUGUGCACCAUAGCACCAUGCGCGAACGGUGCGAGUCGUAAAAUAUCGUAGUGCGAAAGCACACAUUGAGCGUGGACCACUAAACUGCCCACUCUGGCCAACGCUCACUUCCUGAUAACGGCAGAAAACGAAACUUCAAGGAGCGGGCUAAGCUGGUACCGGGCUGGCGGGUCUGGCAGCGUCGGUGCGGAGGUGUGCGUGCGUGGAGACCAUCGAAAAUGAGGGAGUUGAGAGGGAGAGCAAGGGGAGCAUAGUGGCGAGGAAGGGUGGGACGGAAGCGGAUUUGCUUUGCCGCCAGCUUGCUGGAUGACACUAAUUACCUCUGUCACCUACUGCCACCAAAGCAGCGGAGUUGCUAAGGCCAGGACUGAGCCUCCGCUGCUGCUUCCCUCUGUGUGCUCUCGUGUUUUUUCCCUUUGUCUGCAGACAGAUUGGCCCUGUGUUUACCUUCUUCAUACUACAUUCUUAACGUGACUCACGUCUUAUCAAGAUCACGAAGCUGUUGCCGCUGAUCAUAAUAAUGUUGGUGUGCUACCUUUUGUUGCGGUGUCGUUGUGUUAAAAAAGACUAGGAGAAUGAGGUACUGGGUAUCGCGUUCGUCCCUGUAUUCAGUCCCUGUAUUCAGGGUCUGUCUUGUUGUACAGAAUCAUAUAUGGCGCACUGUCUCCAACAACCUUUUCAUCAGGACGUCUCGGUUUAGACACGUCAUUGUAAAAAAAACAAGCACGAAUAAGACCAACCAAACCAACCAAAACAAGUGUGAGCAAAAGCUGACGCGAGAGGAAGAUAGUGCGGAACAAGUGGUCCGGAUGAACCAGACACAAGUACGAACAGAGCGGUCGGGCAGGUCAGCAUGAUACCAGCCUCCUGCGCGUACGUCACUGUAGGGACCACACUUAUUGGUCUCCUCUGCUCGUGGCUUGCUUGCUGCCCUGGCAAGUCACGAAAAAUCGGCCCAGGAUGAUAUUGUGGCGUGCAAAACGUGUGGCUGGGGCACUACGGCACGAUGCAAAAACAGCGACCUUGCCAUUUGAGAGAGGGUAAAGUUUCUGCCACAUUAUUAUUUUUUUCUCCGCGCACGGCGUUGAGAGGUUUCUCCCAAGCUUUUCCUCUAUAGCGGGGUCAGAGCAAUGCUGUUCGGAGGUGCCGCCGCACGAUUUGGCACACUGCUGCUAUGUUCGAAUUAACCGUCACAAAUGCUUAUGCGUUCGAAUUACCAGGUGUUUUCGCCCAUUGGAAUGCACAAAACUUUGAUGUCAGUUCGAACAAACCGGAAGUUCUAAUUAAGUAUGUUCCAAUUAACGAGAUUUGACUGUGAGUGUGUGUGUAUAUAUAUAUAUGUGUGUGGAGGCUGCACACUACUCAAAGAUACUGCUAGCACUCCCUAGACAAGAAUGCUAACAACGAGGAUGCACAUUUUUGUGUUGUCAUUUUGCUUAACUUCUGGUAAAUGUUUUUCAUUGCUAAGGUGUGCAGCCACUUUGCAUCAAAUUGUGCUAUCAUCCUUAUGCUAUUUUUAAAAAUGAUAUUAAAAAAGAAAUAAAAUUUUCGUUACGAACUGAUGCAUUUAUAUAAUGUAUGUUGAUGACUUAGCUGGUACAUGACUUGAAAAAACGAACAGCGCUAAAAAUGAGGCCAACAAAAGCAAGACAGCGCACUAUCAUGUGUCUUCUUGUUUGCAGGCCAGGCUUGCUGCAGCCCAGGUAACAGCGGAGAUAACCAUUGUUUUCCAGGAAGAUCUAAUGUAUGGUAUAGCCACGGCUACGUAUAGAAAAGGGCAGACACUAUUUUGCAAGUCUCGUAUCACUCAAUCCUGCUAUUAGUGUUGUGGGCAUGCUAUAUUAUUCUAGAUUUAAAAAUACAGGAACAAAGCUAGAACUUUGGUAGUAUUGUCAUGUGGUAGUGACGAUCAGGAACACAGUAGUAAAACUAAAUGGUGAAACUAAAUCUUUAUUGGGUGAACCUGUGCCCAGAAAAACAGGCUACACUCAAAGCACAAUGAUAGCAGCGAACACAGUCGGCGAUUGUUGAAAAUAUGAUCUGCUGGUCAAGCACGUUGGCUUUUAUACAUGAGUCAUCGAACUUUCCAGAAAGUACUACACAAUUCGCAUCACGCAUGCAAGCAGAUUACACAAGCUUCGGUGACAGGAGACAACACAUAGAAUUAUCAAUAACAUUCCAGUAAGUUUCAAUCAUGCAGGCACGUCUUGCGCUGAGCAAUAACUUUGAGUUGUUUGUCGGUGAAAUGCAAUCCCCGAGAAAAGGAUAAAUAACUACAUGUGUCAGUAUCAUAUAACGCAAGUUUCACUCACUUUUGGUGACCUGCUGUCUAGCUUCUUUGAAGAGAUGUUCAGAAGUAACUUGCGAUCAUGGUAUUGUAGUCAUCACACGACGCAUAUUGUUAUUUGAUCACACUCAGAAAUUGAUGAGGCAGACAGUCUGCAGCAGGGUAGCUUCCUGUUUAGAUGCUUUUGUGGAAACUACAGCAUCCUUAGUUCACAGUAAAAUAAAGGCCAGUAGCUCCAAGCGAUUUGGAAGUGCUGUGUCUCCUGAAGCCCGUCUAUACUGAAAAUUGCCGAGACGUUUAGUUAGGAUGGGCUCUCCUCAGCAAGCAGCACAUGUUACGAUGGGGUAGGUGAGCCUUAGCUAGGCGACUGGCCACGGCAAUCUGGUGUUGAGCAAUUGGGUAGUGAUGAGACAUUCUCCCUAUGUCCAUAAUUAUGUGCCAGCUUUGUUCUUGGUGCCUUUUAUGGCCCAUCUUUAUCUGUGUGUGGAAUUUUUAGUGCUGAUUCCCCCUCAGCACUUACGGUUAGUACGAUCCAGAAUGAGGUAGAGGCACGCCGUGAGUGGGGCCACAAUGUUCUGUGCACGAGAGAGUCGAUCACCCCCAUGAUGUCCCCUCUCCCCCCUCCCUGUCUUCAUACCGCCACUAGCCCUCACUUUGCUUUCACAUUCAAGCUUUCCUUUCAUCCAUUUCGCUCUUUCGGAGCUCACCUCCUGAAACUUUCUGUCUGUUCCAUGAGAAAGGGGGGAGGAAGGGUAUAUUGUCAGAAAAUUGGGGGGGGGGGGGAGCGACCCCCCAGACUCCUGACUACGCCAAUAUGUUAGUGUCAUCUUCUAAAUUUCAAAGUUGCUUGAAUUGCUGCCUUUUGUAAAAAUUUCAUUUGAUGUGCUUGACAUGUAAAGCGUUGGCCAUUUGUUCUGUUUAAGGUUUCUGUAAUUGGAGUCAUCGCUCAGUAUAAAGCUUUACCAAAGUUGUAAGUUUUCUGCAUCAUUUGCUUGUUCACCAUGCCACAGAUAUGUAUAAAUUCAGCCAUUGUGUAUAUAUAUAUAUGUAUAUAAUAUGCUAUCGCAAAGUGCACUUGUGACUUUGUUGUCCACGAGAUGUUCAAUGCUUGUGAUUUGAAUAAGAAAGUUUGGCCCUAUCA